ACUCUAUUGACUUUUUCUUGCCCAAAUACAUUCAAAUCAGUUACAUUCACGUUAUAUUGUUUUUAAUAGGUAUAGAGCAAGCUGCCCUUUCAACUUUAACUCUUUUCUUCUCCUCUAUUCUUUGCAAAUGGCAAAGGCAAAAAGUCGCGCUCGGCAGCUGGCCAACUUGGUAGAGCGACCAGUAACAGAUUUUGAUCCGGAAGCUGAAGUCGCAGACGCGCGCGAUGACAGCAGUGAUGAGGAAAGUGUAGAUGAGAAUGCAGGCACAGAGCAUUAUGUUUCAGUCGGGAAGAGCCAGCUUCGUCGCAAAGAACCAGUUGCUCUAGGGCCCAAAUAUCGAGGUGCCCCUGUGAGCCGCGCAGCCCUUGAAGACGAUGAGGAGGAGGAUAGCGAAGGAUUAGAGGACCUAGAGGAUGAUGAAGAAGACGACGAAGAGGGUUCGAAAGAUUUUGACGAUCCCGAGACGGCUGACCUCGAAGUCGAUCAGGCCGAUGCCGAUGACGCAGAGAUUGACAGUGACAACGCAUUUGGCGAAAGUGACGAAGAAAAAUUCAAGGGCUAUGUCUUCAGAGGAAGCUCUCAAACGUUGCCAAAGAAAGGACAGAAGGUGACAAGACCAACUGCUGCCGACUUUAUGCUGUCCGACGAAGAUGAGGACGAUAGUAGUGGGGCAGAGCUUGAUGACGAAGAAGAGUUUGAUGAAGAGGAGUCUUCGAAUGACGAGCUUAACGGUUUUAUCGAUGAUGAAGCCGAAGAAGAUGAAGAUGAGGACGACGAAAUGGGUGGCGUCAGUGGUCUAAGUCAUGAAGACAGCGAUGAAGAAGAGUCGGGCGAAGAGGAAGACAGCGAUGGCUCCGAAUCCCCCCGCGCCGAUGACUCAAACCGAACAACGAUACAAGAGAUGAUGAGCGCUGGAGGGCGCAACGUUGUCAGCAACCUGUCAACCGUUGCGCAAAAGGAUAUUUCCAAAGGAAAAGCAGUUCGUCAGCAACGGAAAGCCUUUGACGCGCUCCUAAACAUCCGCAUCCGACUCCAAAAGUCACUUGUUGCGGUCAAUUCGCUCGAUUCAAUUGAGGACCUAGAAGAUCAGUCAGCACCCUACGAAGCAGCAGAAGCAGCUGCACUCAAGUUAUGGAAUACAAUUGAUGGCUUCCGCACAAGUAUCCAAUCUAGCUCUUCCGGGAAGACUGGUCAAAAGAGGAAGCGAGUCGCUGAUACAGACACGCCAAGCCAAGACAUGUGGGACAACAUGGAGGUGGUCGAACAGAGGGCACUUAUUCGUCGAAGAGCAGUUCUCGAGAAAUGGUCGCAUAGUGCACGGAACAUCAGAAUGGUGGAUAGAUCAUCUCGCAAGUUUACCAACACUACAGAAAAACCUCUGACCGCGAGAUUGGACGAAGAGCUGAAUGCGCCAGAACGGCUUAUCAGACGGACACGGACACCGCGUUCGUGCGCGCCAGCACAGGUAGCACGAAAGGUCAACGAAGACCCGAAUAUCUACGACGAUGCUGAUUUCUACCAAUUGCUACUAAAAGAACUCGUUGAUCAACGGACGGGGGACACAUCAGGAGGUCCGGGUGGCCCCGCGGCAACGGUUCGAUUUGCGGCCGUAAAGGAGGCAAAGGCAAAGCGACACGUUGAUACCAAGGCCAGCAAAGGUCGCAAAAUGCGGUUCAAUGUUCACGACAAGCUACAAAACUUCAUGGCGCCAGAAGACCGCCGCAGUUGGGAGCAAAGUGCAAUUGACAGGUUCUUUGGAACUCUGUUUGGCCAGAAGUUGGUCUUGAACGAGGAUGAGGACGAUAAUAAGGAUGCUUCAGACGAGGAAAUGGGUGGUGCGCCAAUCGAGAAUGGAGGCAUUCGGCUGUUUAGAGACUGAGCUAGGCUCGACGAUAAUGGCCCUGUUCAUUCAAAAAUUGGCAAAGUAAUGACUAAGUAUCUCUCACGAUCCCUAGAUUUUUUUUUUUGAAACAGAAAUGAUUUUCGAGAUCUCGUAUUCCGAUCUCGUAUCCUUCCUCCAAAGCAACUCGACGAUCAGGAUCGACAUGCAGCUCGGUCGAAUCAAACCCCUUAAAUAAACAUCUACCUACUCUCCAUCAGACGAGAUUAUAUUA